AUGAAAUUUUCCACAUUAAUUGCAAUCAUCUUUGGCCUAUUAACAUCGAUGGCGCUCACGCUCAUUGAAGCUAAUCAUACCGUGUGGAUACAUAACAAGGUAACGGCUGGUACAUGGACACGUGUUCAAGCUUCCGUAGUAAACGGAGGUGAUGGAACAUUCGCCGACGAAACCAGAAUGGCUCACAAAGGUUAUUCUUUGAUUAUUCCUGAUCGUGUAAAAAAAUAUUGGCUCGGUUUCGGCGUUACUUUAUCUCUUGAACACGAUAAAUGGCGUGGCCCAUUCACUAAUGAUGGGGAUAGAUGUUAUCACUUUCAUGGUGAUGCAACUUAUUGGGAACUAUAUGACUGUUAA